AUGGCGGAGCAGUGGGAUCUGGACGAGGAGGGCGUCCGCCGCCUGGGGGCGCUGACCUUGGAGCAGCCCGAACUGGUGGAGUCUCUUUCAUUGCAGGGAUCUUAUGCUGGAAAAAUCCAUUCCAUUGGUGAUGCCUUCAGAAAUUUUAAAAACCUCCGAUCCUUAGAUUUAUCAAGAAAUUUGAUAACUAGCCUGAAGGGCAUCCAGUAUUUAUGUUCACUCCAAGACCUGAAUUUAUAUUAUAACAACAUUCCUUCAUUAGUGGAGGUGUCCCGCCUACAGCCUUUACCCUUCCUCAAAGAACUAGAUUUGAGACUCAAUCCUGUUGUCAGGAAAGAUACAGAUUAUAGGCUCUUUGCUGUGUACACGCUACAAACCCUGGAGAAACUGGAUGACAGAACUGUACGAGAAAGUGAGAGAAAAGCUGCCAAGCUGCAUUUUAGUCAGUUGGGCAACAGUGAAAAUUUUCUUUUAGAGGUGGAAAAAAGCUCUAGGGAGAAGACAAUGAAAAACUCUGUGACAGAUGAGAGCUCUGUAUCAAAAGUCAGUGCUGAUGUUAACAACAGGAUUGAAACUGACUCAAACAAAGGACUUUUUAUUCCCUUCCCCAACCGGGAAAUAAAAGAUUCCCUAAUGAAUACUUCUGCAACCCAGGGCAAUGGUAUACCAGAUCAGAAAUUAGACACUUUUCCACUUGGGACACAGAUGCAGGAAGUGGCAAGAAGGGAGAUGCCAAGUGACAAUCACCAGGAGGAUGAAUUCAGACACUACUCGCCUCGUCAGUCCACAGUCCGAUCCCCGGAGAAGAUGGCUAGAGAAGGAUACCGAAUGUCUUUUUUGGAAAAUAAGUCUUCAGGUUCUUCUCCAGAAAAGGACUUGGUACUAAAACCUGAUACAUAUCAGCUUAACCAUAAUGCCUCAUUGGGUAAACGCCUGGAUGUGGGUGAUUCUAGCCAGAUUCAUCCCUGUCAGUUACCUUCAGAUGUUGGUCUAGAAAAUUAUGAUAGUCAUUUUUCUCAAACUCUAUCGCUGCACGGAAGUCUUGGUAAAAGGCCUCAGAGAAACAAGAACUACCGAGAAUAUAGCAUAAAGCCUUCAAAUGACAUGAAGGCUGCCACGUCCCAUUCCUGUGGAGACUUAAUGACUUCUCUGUCAAACUUUGACUCCAGCGCUGGAAGGCUUUUGAAGCUCAGUUCAGAUCUGUAUGCCACAACCCAUUUCAACAGUGACCCUGCUCUGCUGGUCAAUGCAGAGCAACAGUUAUCCACAAGCCUCACUGAUUUAACACCAGCACGUGGUUCUUUCCCAAACAACUCUAUCUUGGGAGACUCUCUGCGGACACUGCUGUUGCCCUCUAGGACUUCAGAAAACCGAGAGAGUUUGACCAAGAGAUCAUUAAGCCCAUCGAGGAGAGGAUUCAAACGGAAGGACAACAUCCUUGCCACCCUGAAUCCAAAGCAUGGUUUCAGAGAUCCUACAGGCAAGGCAAGUCCUCUCUCUAGUGACCUGGGCAGUAUGGAUGGUUUGCCAGGAAACCACAGUCCCCCGAUCUCUGCCAGAACCUCCCAUGUGGCCACUGUCCUCAGACAGCUCCUGGAGCUUGUGGAUAAGCACUGGAACGGCUCCGGCUCCCUCCUCAUUAACAAGAAGUUUCUUGGUCCUGCCCGAGAUUUGCUUCUGACUUUGGUAGUCCCUGCUCCUUCUCAGCAGUGGUGUCACGCAUAUCCAGAAGACACGUCAAAAGCCUUGCACAGGAGGGAAAUGGAAGUGAAGGAGGCUGGGCAGGUGGUCCCUAAUGACACGGAAAGUUUGAAGCAAAAACUGGUCAGAGUGCUGGAGGAAAACCUUAUUUUGUCAGAAAAAGUCCAGCAGUUGGAGGAAGGUGCUGCCACCUCAAUUGUGAGUGGGCACCAGUCCCACACUUACGAUGAUCUUCUACGCAAAAACCAACAGCUGAACAUGCAGGUGACUUGCCUGCACCAGGAGCUUGCCCAGCUGAAAAAGCUGGAGGAGACAGUGGCCCUUCUCCACGAAAGUCAGAGAUCCCUGGUGGUAACUAAUGAGUAUCUGCUGCAGCAGCUGAAUAAAGAGCAAAAAGGUUAUUCUGGGAAAGCACUCCUGCCUCCUGAGAAGAGUCAUCACUUGGGAAGAUCGUCACCCUUUGGGAAAAGCACGCUGUCUUCCUCCUCACCAGUGGCACAUGACACGGGUCAGUAUCUAAUACAGAGCGCCUCAGAUUCUGUCCCAGAGCCUAGUUUAUGGAGCUAGUACUGAACACCUUCUCUAUAGCUUCCCUCUUGGCCCCAGGGGGCUCUCAGUGUCA